AAAAUUUCAGUUGGAAGAGCUCUAAGUUACAUGCAGUAUAAAUACGUAUGCUAGAGGAAAUGGAAUAACAUUGAUAUAGCUUAAGCAAGCCUCGUCAACAAUGGAGGGAUCAAAACUAGAACAAAAGGAUAUGGCGGUGAAGCCUCUAAGGUCAUUUAGGAAGAAAAAAUGGGCUAAGAUUAAUAGAAGUGUUGCUGGUUCUCUCCUCUUUGUGCAUCUACUUUGUAUUUUUGCACCAUUUCAUUUUAAUUGGAGUGCAUUUUGGGUUGCAUUUGUAUUAUACGUUAUCACAGGUCUAUUUGGUAUUAGUGUUUCUUAUCAUAGAAAUCUAGCACAUCGAAGUUUUAAUCUUCCAAAAUGGCUUGAAUACUUAUUUGCUUAUUGUGGAGUUCAUGCGCUUCAGGGCGAUCCAAUUGGUUGGGUGAAGAUACAUAGAUGUCAUCAUCGAUUUGUUGAUACAGAAAAAGACCCUCACAGCCCUAUUCAAGGAUUUUUGUUUAGUCACGUUACUUGGCUUUUAGAUUCUUAUGUUUUAACUGAAAAAGUUGGACCUAAAUAUUUUGAUGAUUAUGAAAAGAUAGAAAGGAACGUGGUUAUGGUGAACAUGAAGCAAGGGAGACCAGAAAAUAACGUUGGGGACUUGGAGAAGCAAGCAUUCUAUAGGUUUCUUCGGAAAACAUAUUUUCUUCAUCUGCUUCUUCUUGCAGUUCUACUAUAUGCAAUGGGAGGAGUUCCUUUCCUGAUAUGGGGAAUGGGUGUAAGAAUCGUUGUGGUUUUACACAUAACAUUUAUGGUGAAUUCAGUAUGUCAUAUAUGGGGAAAACAACUUUGGAAGACAAAUGAUUUGUCAACAAACAACUGGUUGGUGGGUUUACUUGGAUUUGGGGAAGGUUGGCACAAUAAUCACCAUGCAUUUGAAUAUUCAGCUAGACAUGGACUUGAAUGGUGGGAAAUUGACUUUGGUUGGUAUGUUAUUAUGUUUCUUCAAGCCAUUGGAGUGGCCACUCAUGUUAAAGUACCCUUACAACACCACAAGAAGAAGUUGGCAAUGGAUGAGACAAAAUUUAUAUGAAAGCCUUCCGAAGACUAAAGUCAUCAUUUACAUAAAAAUAUAUGUUAAACUCAUGAAUAUCUUCUAACGAAGACACAAAAUCAUGCAAUAAUUCUAAAAGCGAAUAAAUGUUAUUAAUUUUGAGUUAUACUUUAUGUUAUAAUUUGUAUAAGAAAAAGUAAGUGUUAUAUAGAACCUAUGCAUAUGUUAA